AAUCCUCCUACCACAGCGCAAAAUGGCAUCCUCACACCAGAUCCUAUACAUGGUCCCGUAUGAACCUACUCUCCUGUUUCUCCUUAUUCUUCCCACGGUCGCCAUUUACGCCUUCCUCAUGGCCAUAGCCGCCCUCUUUUCGCCUUGCAUCUGCACCGUCCUGACCAUCAUUCGGGGUAUUCUACUCGCGUUCAUCGCCGUUGUUUGUCUCUGCGCUAUCAUACUCGAUCCGAAGGUCAACUACGUCUCCAAGAAGGUCGUCGCUAGGACCAACGAUGAAGAAAUAACCACUGACUCUCACUUCGUCCCUGCCUGUCCUCCUUCCACGAAGGCCAAGCAAUGCACCGCCAUCAUGACUGUCGAGGGGAAGGUUGUGGGCUACGUGACCGGCGAUCGCGAUGAUAAUUCCGGCAAGAAAGACGCUACCAUCUGUGAGGACGGCUCGGGAGAAAGAGGAAAUGGGGGAUACCGCGCGUGUGGCCGUGGAGAGGAACGUGUUUUGCGGGUUAUAAGGCCUUUAAUCGGAUUCCGGAGCCAGAAGAUGGUUAUUGACGAGGACACCAUGCCUCAGAGUGUCCGGUUUAGGGGCAAUCUGUAUCGUGAUGCCUACUGGGAAAUCUGAUGGCUUAUAUUGGUUGUCUCUCUGUUUUCGCGUCGGUCUGGUUCGUUUGUGCUGGAUGGUGUUUCAGCGUUGGCGUUUCGGAUUGCUUGGGAGUUUCUUGUCUAUUUGGCUUUGCUCGAACGGUCCUCGCUCGUUAGUAUUUUUAUGGUUUAGAUCGUUUGGCUGGGUUUGUUGCUGGUUUUCGUGGUGGUUUCUUCAAGGGUACUUCUCGAGUGAUGGUUGGGGUCUUCGGAAUUGGUUAC